CACCUUAAGUUGUCCGCUUGUGUUCUGCUUUCUUGGAAUUUUUCCCAUAUACUGCUCGCGGUCGCACUGAAGCCGACAAAAACAGAUGUAAACAACUCGAGUAAAUUCCCAAGACCAUUUUGCCUUUAUAAUGUUUCACUACACACUGCCUUGUGGUGGCUUUAAUACACUGACGAAACUCACAGAAACGGGAAUUAACUUCGAUCCGCCGGUGUACGAGCAGCGAUAUUGUGCUACAAUUCAAAUAUUAGAAGAUACGCGCUGGGUACACGAAAUCAAAAAGGUCACUGAAUUUGGCUGUGCUGAGAUGCGACUCUUCCAGUUAAUGCGACGCAUAGAAACUAUCGAACACAUUCUGCAGGUGGACAUCGACGACAAUCUUUUAAAGGGGCAUUUAAAUCGUACCAACCCACUUGUUUGCGACUUUCUCAGACAACGCCUCGGUCCACUGCGUGUUGAGGUGCUGCAUGGCAGCGUCGCGGACUCAGCUGAAGAAUUAAGGGACACAGACGCGGUCAUAGCAUUGGAACUCAUCGAGCAUGUUCAUGACGAUGUGCUGGCUAAGAUUCCUGCAAAUGUUUUUGGAUUUAUGCAGCCAAAAAUUGUAAUUUUUAGCACACCCAAUUCGGACUUUAACAUAAUAUUCACACGCUUCAAUCCGCUGCUGCCGAAUGGCUUUCGCCACCACGAUCACAAGUUUGAAUGGACACGCGAGCAGUUCAAAUCCUGGUGCCUGGCCAUCACCGAAAAGUAUCCCAAUUACAUGUUCUCCUUGCUGGGCGUCGGCGAGCCGCCGCCCGGCGACGAAUCCGUGGGCUAUGUCUCCCAAAUGGCCCUGUUUGUGCGAAAGGAUAUGCUGGGCAUGCCACUGCCGGAGCCACUUAAAGUCCAGCCUCUGCCAGACAUCGGAGCCAGCUAUAAGCGUCUGCAUCUCGUUGAUUUUCCCUUCAAUAAGGACAAUCGCACGCAGGAGGAGAAAAUAUGGGCGGAGAUCGAAUUGCAACUGCAUCGCUGCACAAAGGACGAGGAUAAUUAUGAUAACGAGAAAUGCAUGUACAAAAUGUCCAUUUUGGAGCUGCUUGACAGGCUCGCCUAUUUGGGCGCUACGCGCCAAAUAUUGGAUCAACUAUUGGAGCAGCAUAAAAAGCCAAUCGAAAAUGGUUUUGUGCUCAUCGAGGAGGAGCCCGAUUGCAACUACAACGAGGAACUGUUUGAGGAGUACGAACAAACGGCGCCAGUCUCCAGCGCAGAUGAGGAAAACUGGGAUAACUAAAUGUAUAAGAAUAAUAAUAAUAAUAAUAAUAUGAAUAGUA